UUGACAAAUAAAGAAGAAAUUUGUUUUCAUAUUUCGCAUCGUAUCCUUUUUUUUUGUUUCUUUGAGCAACAAACACAUCGUCUCCUUAGCCGCCCUUAUUUCUGCACUUCCGUGUCGAAUUUUUUUAGGAGUCACGCGAUCUGAAGCCGAUUGUUGCUGUAUAAUCAGUUUUGUGCUACGCAGAUUCUCGAGCUCUCUUUCACUUUGAGAUCUUUCCCAUCGAAGGGAAAAUUACCAAGGGAGAGGUUUCUCACACAAAUGGAGUUUUCUCUUUUUCUUACCGUUCUUGCUGCUGCAAUAGGUUUCUUAGUGAUUUUUCGAAAAUUCAGAUUCAAUCAAGAAAACAAAGAAAUUGAUUCUUCUUUGCAGCCUCCUUCUUCACCUCCAUCUUCUUCAUCAGUUCAUCCAGCUUCUUCAUCUCAUAACUGGACGCACGAUGUCUUUCCGAGCUUUCGCGGAGAAGAUAUCCGCAGAGACUUUCUCAGUCACAUUCAAAAGGAGUUUAGAAGAAAGGGAAUCACACCAUUCAUCGACAAUGAGAUCAACAGAGGAAAAUCCAUCGGCCCCGAGCUUAUACGGGCCAUUAGAGAAUCUAAGAUCGCGAUCAUCUUGCUCUCGAAGAAUUACGCUUCUUCAAAGUGGUGUCUUGACGAGUUGGUGGAGAUUAUGAAGUGCAAAGAAACCGUGAUCCCCGUUUUCUAUAAAGUAGAUCCUUCUCAUGUAAAGAAGCUGACCGGAUAUUUUGGAAAAGUUUUCAAAGAAAAUUGUGUGGGUAAAAGUAAAGAGGAUAUUGGGAGAUGGAAAGAAGCUUUGGACGAAGUGUCCACAAUCGCUGGUUACCAUUCAAGCAACUGGGAUAAUGAAGCGGUCAUGAUUGAAGAAAUAGUCACAAGUGUUUCAAAAGCGCUUAUAAAUUCUGUGCCAUCAAGUGAUUUCGACAAUUUAGUUGGGAUGAGAGCUCAUAUGGAAAAGAUGGAACCAUUCCUCGGUCUAAACUCUAAUGAAGUGAAGAUGAUAGGGAUUUGGGGUCCAUCCGGAAUUGGUAAAAGCACCAUCGCCAGAGUUCUGUUUAGCCAGAACUCUCAUGAGUUCCAGUUUAGUGUCUUCAUGGAAAAUAUCAAAAGUCGCUAUCCAAGACCUUUUUUCGAUGUAUAUAGCACGAAAAUGCAAUUACAAAAAGAGUUUCUGUCUCAAAUAAUCAACCAGGAGGAUGUCACUAUUCGUCAUUUGGGAGUUGCAAAAGAGAGGUUAAAAAAUAAGAAAGUGUUUAUUGUUCUUGACGAUGUUGACCACUUAGCGCAACUAGAUGCAAUGGUGGAAGAAACUCGGUGGUUUGGCCCUGGAAGUCGAAUUAUUGUCACAACACAAAAUAAAGAACUUUUAGAUGCACAUGCGAUUAAGCAUAUUUACAAGGUGGAUUUUCCACCAUACAACGAGGCUCUUCAAAUCUUUUGCAUGUAUACUUUUGGUCAAAAGUAUCCAUAUGAUGGUUUUGAGAACCUUUCUAUGGAAGUUACGAACCUUGCUGGUAAACUCCCUUUGGGACUAAGGAUUAUGGGAUCUUACUUUAAAGGAAUGCCCAAGAAGGAGUGGGAAGAGGAACUACCAAGGUUAAGAAUUAGACUUGAUGGAGAUAUAGAAAGUAUUUUAAGGCUCAGUUAUGAUGCCUUAGGUGAUGAAGAUCAAGCUUUAUUUCUUCAUAUAGCCUGCUUUUUCAACAAUGAAUGGAUUGUGAAAGUGGAAGAGUAUCUUGCAGAGACUUUUGUUGGUGUGAAAGCUCGCCUUCGUAUUUUAGCUGAGAAAUCUCUCAUUUCGAUGGAAUCGGGAUACAUAAAGAUGCAUAGUUUACUAGCACGUUUGGGUAGAGAAAUUGUCCGUAAGCAAUCCCCUAACAACCCUGGGCAGCGUCAGUUUUUGGUUGAAGCUAGAGAUAUAUACCGGGUACUACGUAGUGAUACACUAGGUAGUCAAAGCGUUAUAGGCAUAGAUUUGACGGAUUACGAGUUCGGGAUGGAGUGGAAGAUAAGUGACGAAACCUUUGAAAGAAUGUUCAAUGUCCAAUUCUUAAGAGUCCAUUGUUACCCCAGUUCGUAUAAACUGGAAAGUCUGAACCGUCUACCUCAAGACAUUAGAUUACUAUAUUGGAUAUACUUUCCCUUGACAUGUCUACCUUCUGAUUUUAAUCCGGAGUUCUUGGUGGAAAUAAACAUGAGUGAUAGCAACCUUGAAAAAUUAUGGGAAGGAAAUAAAGCGAUUAGAAAUCUCAAGUGGAUGGAUUUGUGUAAUUCUAAAAAUCUAAAGGAGCUUCCUGAUUUUUCAACUGCCACUAAUCUUCAAAAAUUGGAUCUUAGUUAUUGCUCAAGUCUUGUGGAGCUCCCCUCUUCUAUUGGGAGCAUGACCAGUCUAGAGAAUUUGGAUCUCUCCGGAUUGUCAAACCUUGUGGAGCUCCCUUAUUCUAUAGGGAACAUGACCAAUCUCAAGAAGUUACAUCUCAAAGAAUGUUCAAGCCUUGUGGAGCUCCCCUCUUCUAUUGGGAAUAUGACUAAUCUCAAGGAAUUACAUCUCAAAAGAUGCUCAAGUCUUGUGAAGCUCCCUUAUUCUAUUGGGAAUAUGACUAAUCUAAAGAAGUUGCAUCUCAAAGAAUGCUCAAGCCUUUUGAAACUCCCUUCCUCUAUUGGAAAUAUGACUAAUUUUGAGAAGUUGAAUCUCAAGGGAUGUUCAAGCCUACAAAAGCCGUCCUUUUCUUUUGGGAAUAUGACUCAUCUCAAGAAGUUGGAUCUCACGCAGCUGUACUUAAGUGACACAGGGAUACAAGAAAUUGCUUCAUGGGUCAAGAAAAUGUCUCGUCUGAAGACACUUGUAAUCAAUGGAUGCACGAAGCUGGUUUCGCUCCCACAGCUUCCAGAUUCAUUAGAAAUCAUACAUGCAGAAAAUUGCGAAUCCCUGGAGAGACUAGAUUGCUCUUUUUACAAGACAAAGUUUACUGAGCUCAGCUUUGUUAACUGCUUCAAACUGAAUCAAGAAGCAAGAAACCUUAUCCUCAAGGCAUCGACAAAAAGAUGGGCAGUCUUUCCGGGAGAAACGGUGCCUGCAUAUUUCAGUUACAGAGCCACCGGGAGUUCAGUGUCAAUGAAAUUGAAUGGAUUAUUAGAUACACGUUUCCCCACAUCCUUGAGAUUUAAAGCUUGCCUCUUGCUGGUUACUAAGCCUUCCGAUGUUGACGCUGCUGCUUGGAGGGAUCCGUAUAUAUCUUAUUGCAUCAAGGACAAACUGAGUGGUGUCGAGGUUAAGCUUUAUGCUGUUAGAUUCUGCCAAAUUUGGGGGAAGCUGUCUCCACAAUCAGAGCAUCUGGUCGUAAUCGAAUUUGAAGAAACUGUGAGUUCUCCCGAAUUAGUCUUUGAGUUCAGUUUCAGAUAUAAAAACUGGGAGAUUAAGGAAUGCGGGCUACGUCCUCCUGAAAGCUUGGCUCUUUCAAUGUUGAUGGAAGAUGAAGAAACAAUUCGCAUUGGGUUUGAGUAAAUUGUAUCAGCUUCUUUGAAUAAGUGCUCAUCUCGAUCCGGUCAGUAUCUAAACUAACAGCUUCAGAGAGUUUUAAAGCAAGCCCGGUUUUGAGUUCCAAGUAAGAGAUUGUUUAAAUUUCCUCUUCUGUUAGACUUGUAAAACUGUUAAAUUGCUCAGAAUUUGUUUAAGUUCCUCUUCUUAACACAGCAUUAUCAAUAAAGGGUUGUUCCCCGCCUCUGAUCCAAGGAUGUUCAAAGAAGAGCCACAAUGAUAAGUACAAGACUGUUAAAGGGUUUGCAAGUAACUUGUAAAUGAAUUACAAUGUUUUGGGGAUUGUAAAGCUUUACCAAAGAAAUUGUGCUGCAGAGAUUAUAUUCUUGGGAUCCUUACUGAGUAUUUUUCGUGACAAGGUCUUUAGCAUUCUCAGAUAUAGAGGCCUAUGAUUGAUUAUCAACUAACACUACCAUAAUUGAGAAUCUGUUUCUUUUUUUUUUCAGUGGAGCAGGAUAGGUUUCUCUUAUUGAGUAUGCUCAUUUAACUGGAAGAUCUUUCUGAAUGCUGUUGAGAGAUCCAAGCUUUGGUUAAGGAAUAAGGGCUUGUUCUCUUUCUAUCAAGAUAGUCACCAAGAGUGUUGCCUAUCCGGAAAGUGAGUCCUCUGAGGCCUGCGUUAAAGGGUUUAUUUACGCGCUUGGAUCACUAUAUUGGUGUCCCUUUUUGCAAGCAAUGGAAGCUUCGUGAUGAAUUGGCGUCGUUUCAGAAUGCUAGAAACAGAUGAAGAUCAUGAGAUUCUCUGCUGAAGCUUUUUUAGCUUUUGUAUAGUUGUGGUGAAAAUAGUGUGUGCCUUUGUGCUGUUAGUUUCUGCCAAACUUCUCACUACAAUAAGAACAUCCAAAAAUGUACACUCAAAAGGCAAAGAUUCAAAACAUCAAAGCAGAGUUAAAAUCAAGAGACAACAAGUGUUCUCUUUAUCUUA